UACUAUCUUUACCUGCACAAAACGUUUCCCAUUAUCACUCCACUGAUUAUUGUAUGAUAAUUAGUGCCCACAAAACAACGACGGAAGUAGAAGAUUUGAGUAUGAAAUCAAUGAGUUUCUAGAAAAAAUUAAAGCAAAUCUAAGUAGCAUUUGGAGCUGAAAUGCUGAGAUUCCACUGUUUUUUCUCGUUUCUUUGCUUCUGCGUGGGUCUUCAGCUUGUCUGCUCUCGCCAUGAGCCAUAUGUAAUGCGAAUAAGCUGUGGAGCUCGACAUGAUGUUCAUACUGCCCCUACAAAGACUCUCUGGCAUAAGGAUUUUGCAUAUACAGGAGGGAUACCUUUCAAUGGAACAGCCCCAAGUUUCAUUGCGCCUCAACUCACUACGCUGCGGUAUUUCCCUUUAUCAGAGGGACCUGAGAAUUGUUACAAUAUCAAGAGAGUCCCCCAUGGCCACUAUUCAGUGAGGAUAUUCUUUGGAAUGAUUGAAGAACCAAGCUUUGAUAAUGAACCACUAUUUGAUGUUUCUGUUGAAGGCACCUUGGUUUAUACUUUGCCAUCUGGUUGGAGCAAUCAUGAUGAUGAACAAGUAUUUGUUGAAGCACUUAUUUUUCUUGAUGAUGGUACUGCCUCUCUUUGCUUCCACAGCACAGGGCAUGGAGAUCCAGCUAUACUUGCAAUUGAAAUUCUCCAAGUAGAUGACAGAGCAUACUAUUUUGGUGCUGACUUUGGAUUAGGGACAAUUAUCAGAACUGUCAAAAGACUCAGCUGUGGUGCUCAGGAAUCAAUGUUUGAUGUUGACUACAGUGGCGAUCAUUGGGGUGGUGAUCGGUUUUGGAGUUCAAUCAAGACAUUUGGCCAGAAUUCUGAUCGCCGCAUUUCUACCAAAAACAGUACAAAGUCAACUUCCAAAGCACCAAACUUUUAUCCAGGAUCUAUUUAUCAAACUGCUCUUCUUAGCACCGACAAUGAGCCAGAAUUGACAUACACAAUGGAUAUCGAUCCCAAUAAAAAGUACUCUGUUUGGUUACACUUUGCGGAAAUUGAUCCUUCAGUUACAUCUGUGGGACAGAGGGUCAUGGACAUUUCAAUUAACGGUGACACUGUAUUUCCAGCUGUCGACAUUGUGAAGAUGGCUGGGGGUGUUAACAGUGCGCUUGUGCUGAACACAACAAUUCUAGUCAGUGGCAGGACCUUGACAAUCACACUGCAGCCAAAAAAUGGAACUUAUGCUAUAAUUAGUGCUAUUGAAAUUUUUGAGGUUAUAAUAGCUGAAUCUAAAACGUCACUUGACGAAGUCAGGGGUUUGCAAUCGCUAAAGCAUGCACUUGGACUUCCCCUUCGGCUUGGAUGGAAUGGUGAUCCAUGUGUUCCCCAACAACAUCCCUGGAGUGGAGCAGAUUGUCAGUUUGACAAAACUAGCAAUAAAUGGGUCAUCGACGGGAUUGGCUUGGACAACCAAGGUUUAAGAGGCUUCUUACCAAAUGAAAUUUCUCGAUUGCGUCAUCUUCAGAGCAUAAAUCUAAGUGGUAACAGCAUUCACGGGCCUAUUCCUCCGGCGUUGGGAACGGUAACUACUCUGGAGACAUUGGAUCUCUCAUACAAUUUCUUCAAUGGAUCGAUUCCUGAUAGCCUUGGGCAAUUGACCUCAUUACGGACGCUGAAUCUCAAUGGUAACUCGCUCUCUGGAAGGAUUCCUGCUGCAUUAGGUGGAAGGCUCUUGCACAGAGCUAAAUUCAAUUUCACUGAUAACGCAGGUCUUUGUGGUAUUCCGGGAUUACCAACUUGCGGAACACAUCUCACAGUUGGAGCAAAAAUUGGGAUCGGAUUAGGGGUGUGUGUAUUUGUCCUGCUUAUUGCUACUUGCAUAACAUGCUGGUGGAAGAGACGGCAGAAUAUCCUCCGUGUGCAAAGAAUUGCUGCAAGAGAUGCUCCAUAUGCAAAGUCGAGGACUCAAUUCAAUCGAGAUGUACAAAUGGCAAGAAGCUUUAGUCAGGAACAUACGCGAACAGCUGCUGAGAAUGGACCUCCCUUGCUUACCUGACUGAUUAGUAACAAGACUACCAGAUGCUUUGUGACUGAAAAAAUGUGUAUAUUGGGUGGGCAUAGAAGAUUAGUUGAAAUGGAAAUGUAGUAUCUUAUAUACACAGAGAUGUUGGAGGGAAUAGAAAGAAUGUUGUAUAUUACUCGCACUCUUUUUGUUAGUUUUGUUUAAACCAACACCAUGUAACCUGUAACUGUGAAAUUGAUGAAUGGGAAGGUGAACAAAUUUAUCUAGUCCAAUAUUUUGCUGUGA